GCCAAUCACGCCCAUCUAGAAGCUAGUCUUAUUAAAGUUGUGCACGUUGUUAUUGUGGACGCUAUACUUGGCUUUAAGUAUUCUCUGCCUAUCCUUUGCUUGAUUGAAGGCCAUUUUGAGCUCAGGCAAGCGCGUUACAAAGCGAUCAGCCCAGCACUUGCUAAUAGGCUUGCCACCGCGUACAGCCAGCAGUUUAUCAGCCAUAUCUGCCACCUCGCACAGCUGGGGCGCAAAUCCUCGCAAGUCGAGGUCAAGUAUGUAUUAGAUAAUCAUCUGCUGUUC